AGUCUUGUUUACGAUCUUGUUUCCAAGAAAUGAUGGUUGAGUACUGCAAGUGUGCCCAUUACCUAUAUCCACUACUUGAUGGUGCCCAUUACUGUAAUAACCAGGAAGAUCCUGAUUGGGUGUCAUGCUUUUAUAACCUAAGCAACAAUGUAGUAAAGAGAGAACGUUGUAUCGACAUGUGUCAGCAGCCCUGCAAUGACAGUAAUUACAAAAUGACCAUCUCCAUGGCUGACUGGCCAUCAGCAGCAGCAGAGGAUUGGAUUUUUCAUGUUCUCUCAUAUGAAAAAGACUCCAGCACUGACAUCACUGUAAACAGGGAUGGCAUCAUGAGACUGAAUAUCUAUUUUGAAGAAUUUAACUACCGCAGUAUUUCAGAGUCAGCGACCACCAAUGUAGUGUGGGUGCUCUCAAACCUGGGAGGUCAGUUUGGAUUUUGGAUGGGGGGUUCAGUCUUGUGCAUCAUCGAGUUUGGAGAAAAAUCAUCAUAGACUGUAUUUGGAUCACUAUCCUCAAAAGCCUCGCUUGGAACAGAAAUAGGAGGCAAAAGAAGCGAAGUCCACAGUAUAGUGAUCCACCACCAACAGUGGCUGAACUGGUAGAGUCCUACUCUAAUCCUGGUUUCCAGCAUGAAGAUCCAAAUCAUGGUAGCAUGCCGAUACCUGGCACUCCACCUCCGAAGUACGACUCUCUGCGCUUGCCACAGAUGGACACCAUUGAUGUCAUAUCCAGU